GAACAUCUCAAACAAAACAAUACAAUCAGCCAUCAGACGUCUUAUCAGCUAUUCACAAGUGGUUAGUUCGCAUUUCACGCCUCGGUAGCUUCGCUGACAGACUACACGGAAAGCUCCCGAUAACCCGCUGUCCAUCAAAUUUUCGGCAUUCGGAUCAUUUUUGAUGCUGCGAACCGCGAUGCCCGUCAAAUUUUGUGCCAAUUUGAACUUCAUGUUCACCGAAAGUGAUGAUUUCCUGGAACGGUACCGAUUGGCGAAGCAGGCCGGCUUUGAUGCCGUGGAGGGAGCCUUUCCACCGGAGCAUGUGAGUGCUGCCGAGCUGGCCAGUGUUUGCAGCGAAACCGGGCUGGCGCAAAUCCUGAUGAACAUUUCCACGGGUAACGUUCCCGACGGUCAGUUUGGCUGUGCCGCCUUCCCGGAUCAGUCGGGCAAUUUUCGGAAAAACUUAGAACAGACAGUCGAGUGUGCCAAGGCCAUCAAGUGCAAAAAAAUCCACAUAAUGGCAGGGAAGCUAUCGGUACCGAUCACACCAGAGCACGAUGCUGCCUAUCUGAGUAACCUAAAAACCGCGGCAGCAAUUUUGGAAAAAGCAAACAUUCUCGGAGUGAUUGAACCGAUUAACAAGUACGCCGUCCCGGGAUAUUAUCUGGCAUGCUACGAAAAAGCGAUUGGCGUCCUGCGUGAGGUAAAUAGUCCCAACCUGAAGCUGAUGCUGGAUAUUUUUCAUGCUCAACACAUCCGGGGCGACAUUAGCAAUGCCAUUAAACAGUACGGACCGUACAUUGGCCACGUACAGCUGGCUCAGGUUCCUAACCGUAAUGAACCGGACACCGAUGGCGAACUAAAUUAUCGAUAUUUACUGCAUGCACUAGAAAGCAACGGCUACAACGACUGGGUCGGGUGCGAGUAUAAACCCAAGGCCGGCACAGUGCAAGGACUCGGCUGGAUCCGUGACUUUGGCUACUGGAGCUAGAGCUGACGACGGUCUAUGCAGUUGCAUUGACUUUCAACUGAACUUUUAGCUCGUUAGAGGUAUGCAUUUUUUAUGAAAGCAAAUAAAAGUUAUUAUUAAA